AUGAAACCGUUUCUGCAGUGCAUUCUCCUGACUGUCGGAGUGGUCACUGGGUACCGCAGUCCUCUGAAUGACUUCCAGCGCUCGGAGGGCCGAGAGCUCGUUCCUACCUCCUGGAACUCUGCUCGAGUGCAGAUUUUACCAGGCCUGAACCUUGAGGACUGUGCCACACGCUGCUCACAGUCACUGGACUGCAGAGCUUUCAACUAUGAGACUCGUCCAGUUGUCACCUGUAAACAUCUGCCCUGGGUGGGUGAUGGCACCAAUGCAGAAGUGAAGAGAAACGUGAACUGUGAUCUUUAUGAGAAGAAGGUCUAUGUAAGGAAGUGCAUUGUGGGUAAAGGGGAAGACUAUCGAGGCAAAGUGUCCACCACAAGAAGCGGACUCACCUGCCAACAGUGGUGGUCCAAAUUUCCUCACGAUCACAGGUGGACUCCUACAGCUACCAAUGGUCUGGAGCUGAACUACUGCAGGAAUCCGGAUGGGGAUCGGAUCGGUCCGUGGUGCUACACCACCGACCCGGAGCGACGCUAUGAAAGCUGCAACAUUCCCCAAUGCAAAGAUGAGGUGUGCAUCACGUGUAAUGGAGAGGACUACAGGGGCCAGGUUGACCACACUGUGAAUGGCAGAGAGUGUCAGAGAUGGGACCAGCAGUACCCUCACCAACACAUCUACCAACCUGAAAAGUACCCUGAUAAGAGUUUAGAUGACAACUACUGCCGUAACCCUGAUGCCUCUCCGGUGCCUUGGUGUUACACCACUGACCCUGAGGUGGAAAGGGAAAACUGCGACAUCAGCCGAUGUACUGAAGUUCACGUAGAGAAGCGCCAGCGCUCCAGCUUCACCACCAAGUGUUUCCGUGGGCGCGGGGAGGAUUACCGCGGGAGAGUCAACGAGACCACGUCAGGCAUCCCCUGCCAGCGGUGGGAUGCCCAGCAACCCCAUGAGCACCCCUUCUACCCAAACAUAUAUGAGUGCAAGGGUUUGGAGGAGAACUACUGUCGUAACCCAGAUGGGUCAGAGGCUCCCUGGUGCUUCACAUCUGUCCCAGCGAUGAGGACUGCUCUCUGCUUGCAAAUCAAACGCUGUGCAGACGACAUAGAAGCUGAGGACUGUUACCAUGAAAACGGAAGAAACUACAGAGGCACUGUGCGUAAAACUCGUAAGGGCAUAACCUGCCAGAAAUGGAACGUUAACACGCCUCACAGGACAAAGAUAAACCCAAGAACGCAUCCAGAUGCCAAUCUGACAGAAAACUAUUGUCGCAACCCAGAUGGUGACCAUCACGGACCCUGGUGCUACACCACAGACCACAAAACAGAGUUUGACUACUGUGCCAUCAAACAGUGCGCUGGGGAGAAAGUGUCUAUCACUGAACCAGUAGAAAACGUGGAGUUUAGUGAGUGUGGAAAGAGAGAAGACCGGGCCCAUACGAGUCCCAUAAUGCGUAUAGUGAAUGGGAUUCCUGGGAACUCACCUUGGACGGUGAGCCUGAGAGACAGAAAAGGAAACCACUUCUGUGGAGGAUCCCUGGUUAAUGCUAGAUGGGUGAUCAGCACCAAACAGUGUUUCUCCUCCUGCUACGUUGACCUGCCUGGAUAUUCAGCCAAGAUGGGAACUCUGUUUCGUGAUCCUCAAGAAGGAGAACCCGGUGUGCAAACCAUCCCUCUCACUAAGAUUGUUUGCGGACCUUCUGAGUCUCAACUGGUCAUGCUACAACUGGAAUACCCGGCCGAGUUUAAUGCGCGUGUCUCUCAGAUUUGCCUCCCUCCUGAGCGCUACAUUGUAAGCGAGGGGACGAGGUGUGAAAUUGCAGGAUGGGGCGAGACAAGAGGGACUGGUAAUGAGGCUGUCCUCAAUGUGGCCCACAUGUCUGUUAUUAGUAACAAGGAGUGCAACAAAUACUUCAGAGGUCGUGUUCGUGAAAAUGAGAUGUGCACAAACGCCUUCCAAGCUGGAGUAGGCGCGUGCGAGCGAGACUACGGCGGACCUCUGGCGUGUCAGAACACGGACUGUUGGGUACUCGAGGGGGUGAUCAUCCCCAUGAGGCGCUGUGGACACCCGGGGCAGCCCAACAUCUUUAUCCGCGUGUCUAUGUACGUGGACUGGAUAAAGAAAGUCAUGGAGAUGGCUUAGAAAGAGAGAGCGCCGUUAAACACAGAACUGAUUAUUCUGAGUGUUAUCAAAACUUGCGAGACCUUUUCAUGCGCUGAACAUGUACACGUUUCCUCUUCUCAGAUGCCUCUUUGUCUAUAAAAUCUAUCCCUAACACAAAUCCAGAUUUAUAAUUAGAAUGUGUUAUAUGACUUGUAUUACUAUUACAUUACUAUAAUAUGAAAAAAAAUGUUUUGUAGUAAUGCAUCUUUCGGGAUUUCUUCUGUUAUGUCUGCAUUACAUCUGCAUGAUUUAAUGAAUCCUUUCAGUUGCAAUAACUAACAUUAGGUGGAUCAGAAUCCAUUUUUUUUCGUUUUUUU